AGCUAGAAGAGUGAGACGCAAUGAAGAGUGGGAAGGCUAACGAACAUCUUUGACUGGAGUGAAAAAAAAUACAGCUCUAUUAGCCUACACCAGCAGAUUAUUACAUGGCACGACGGUAACCGGGAAUCAAGAUUUAUUCCUGGAGGGCUCAGCUUUUUAUUUUCGGAUGAGAAAUGUCCUCGACGGCGUCCAGGCCUUUAUUUGUUAUCUGAGAGGAGUCGUAGCUGAGUGGCUAGCUGGCUAACUCCCCCCUACCCUCACUACGAGCUAGCUACUUAGCGACAGAGGUGUGAAAACAUAAAGAAAUCCGGCUUUGGCAGGUUGUGGUCAAGAAAACGACACCUGACAAUGAAUGGCCUUUCUGUGAGUGAGCUGUGCUGCCUGUUCUGUUGUCCCCCCUGCCCCAGCCGUAUCGCUGCCAAGCUUGCCUUCCUGCCUCCUGAACCUACCUAUGCCCUCCUGCCUGAUCUGGAGGCCGGGCCGGUACCUGCCGCAUCCACAGGGACAUCAGGCCUCCGGUCCCGGGGAGGAGGUGGUGGUGGCGGGAGUUCGGUAGGGGGAGGGAAUGCCACAGGGGAGGGGCGCUGGAAGCUCCACCUUACAGAACGGGCAGAAUUCCAGUAUUCCCAACGGGAACUGGAUGCCACGGAAGUGUUCCUGACUCGAUCUAGUAGGGGGAACAGAGUGGGCUGCAUGUAUAUCCGCUGUGCCCCCUCUGCCAGGUUCACUGUCUUGUUCUCCCAUGGUAACGCAGUGGAUCUAGGCCAGAUGAGCAGCUUCUAUAUUGGCCUGGGCACUCGCAUCAAUUGUAACAUAUUCUCCUAUGAUUACUCUGGCUACGGGGUCAGUACGGGGAAGCCCUCAGAAAAGAAUUUGUAUGCAGACAUAGACGCAGCGUGGCAGGCUCUACGCUCACGAUAUGGCAUCAGCCCAGAGAAUAUUAUCCUUUAUGGACAGAGCAUUGGCACGGUGCCCACGGUGGACCUGGCAUCACGAUAUGAGUGUGCGGCUGUGAUUCUCCACUCCCCUCUCACCUCUGGCAUGAGGGUGGCCUUCCCUGACACUAAGAAGACUUACUGCUUUGACGCAUUUCCCAACAUUGAGAAAGUGUCUAAAAUCACAUCUCCAGUGUUGAUCAUCCAUGGGACGGAGGACGAGGUGAUAGAUUUUUCCCACGGGCUGGCCCUGUACGAGCGCUGCCCCAAAGCCGUGGAGCCGCUGUGGGUGGAGGGAGCCGGACACAAUGACAUCGAACUGUACAGCCAAUACCUGGAACGCCUGCGACGUUUCAUCGGGCAGGAAUUGGCCGCACAACAUGCCUAAGCUCUCCUCCGUCUCCCUCUUGUCAUCCCACCAUCUCCCAGUCCGAGUGAGAGUGAGAUGGAUGCGUCUCUUAUGCAUAACUUAUUGAAGGCUGUCUUUUUGUAUGGACAACGUUACUGUUGGGGCAGCUUGACAGAUGCUCCUCUGCUCAGAUUUGUUUUCUUAAGUGUUUUUUUUUCUCCCACCGUUUGUCAUCUCCUUGUACAUGUGAGCGUGCAUGUGUGCGCUCGUGGGAACUCUGGGGGAUGGGAGUGGAAUUACUCUGGGGCAAGAAUGGAUGGAUGAAUUCCUCUGCCGGUUUCAGUCCAUGGAAAUAAGCCAGAGUCAGACGCUGUCCUGUACCUCCAACCUAAUGGUGUUUCUCAAUAUCUGAGCAUUCAUUUGUCAGUUGAAUGGUUCACUUCUCCGACCUGCUCACAUUAUGUCUCAGCCUGAGAGAUCUUCGCUUCCCACUUCUUGUCAGACAACCUAAAAUAGCUCGAUGUCAGAGCCUGGCAAAUUUCCUAGCCUGGCUGACCCUGUAGGAUGGAAUAAACCGGUUGUUUGGUGAAGAAUUUCAGGAUUGAGUUUUAAAGCAUCCUACACAGGUGCAAUGAUGCCCACCUCUGCGUCUUCAUUAAUUCUUCUAUACCCUUUGGCUUCCUCUGGUUGGCUGUUGUCCCCAGGUGCGUGGGUCCCUUCCCUCAUAUACCCUGCAGGAUGCUGACCUCUAUGCACUGAUGUUCUCUUCCAAUGAGUUUUUGCCUUUAUGUGAAAGCUGAGCUUGGGAUGAGAUGAUGACACCUGAUGAUCUACACAGCUCCAGGCAGGGAAAGCGCCAAUGCUGGGAUGCUGGCUUUGUUUCCAGCUUUAUCAAUUUUUUUUUUCUCUUUAUUGUCUCUUUCCUUUCUUCUCAGCAUGUGAGGGUGUCCAUAGCACCCUGAGGUGAAAGAAACUGGGAGGGCUGCUCGGCUCAUCAUCAUAUUUCAAUGAAAACACCACACUUGGGAUGACAUGAUACGGAGUAUAUUCAUGUCCAGAUCCAUACGUCAUGUUUCUGAACUGUUGGGCCAGUAGAAAGAUCAAGGUUUCAUUAUGUCGGGACUUUUCUAAAGCCAGAUCUUCGGCGUAGCAUUUCCACCUUCAUUCUCAAGUAGUUUAACCUUUGAAAUGGGUUUAGGGUUAAUAAAUGUUUUAAUCGUGUAAGAAUGACUAAUGCACACAACACGGGUAGCAGUCAGAGGUAAAUACAGAAGUUACUUCUGAACCCUGUGGCAAUGACACACAACUCGCAACCAGUUUAUCUUGUUUUUAGCCUGACGUCAAGUAUGUUUCAUGGAAUCAUGGAAAUGUUACUCCUCUCUUGUUGGCAUUCAAAUCGGAGCUCAAUCUAUAAUUGUGCAUAUUUACUCGCCUCUUUAUCGAUUGUUUAAGCAAAUCAUUUCAAAGCAGAGCAUAUUAUAUAAAGACUCUUCUUAAUGAUAAUAAAGGAUUUCCCUUUUUCUUUCAGUGUUAGAUUGCUAGUUAGUGGCACAUUGUUUAAUCCAUUUAAGUAAUAUUCUGAGCCAUGGUGGGUUUAAAGAUUAUAACUAGCAAUAAAGGCACAACAAUGAGGUCAUCUAAAACCUAUUUUUAGGCUGCUUGCCUUUAAAGGGAGUUUGUCUGAUAUGAUCUGGAUGCAACUAUGACUCUUAAAGUUAUCACGUUGCAUUAUGGUUAGGAAGAUUGUAAAAGCUUUCAAAAACACUAGCAGUGAACUCAAAAUCAUUCAGAGGUGUCUUUCUUUCAGUCUAAGCUUUUCAACUGUGAAUUAUCAAGGGAACUUGCUGCUAUAGAUAUCGAUUGAACAGUCUCAAUGAAAUUAAAAGGGCAGAACCCUGCAACCUUUUGUUGUUUUCCAAUGCAUCAAAGACUAAAAGUCUUUUCAGUGAGAUAAGACAUCGCUUCCUCUUUCUGGAGUGAAUCCAUUCUUGCCCUUUUAACACCGUGUGCUGCACAGCAAUUCUGGAUUCUAUACAAACGAUUUGUUUAAUUAGAUUAAUAAACUUCAAUAUCUGUUAGGGUAGGGUAGAUGAGUUGAGUAUUCUGAUUUUAUGGCACCAGAGUUUUAGACGUCUAAUUUCUUCUCUAGAUAUCCUGUUUAUUUUCUUUUUCCAUCCACUCCACUUGGUCUGUUAGUAUGUGCUCUGGUUAAACUGACUCACAUUAAUGCACAAAGCACUGUCAUUCUAUAUUCCGAAAACACUGAUUUGUACAUAAUAUCUGAAACCUAAUUCCAGCAGAUCUGGUUCCAUGUUUCAUCAUGCAUUUAAGUAUGUAAUCUGAGGUUGGACACAAGGGGCUUGUUCUUUCUCCAUUCUAACCAAAGAUGACAGGUGUUGGAGUUGCACUGGCCGCCCACUGCCAUUUGUCAGCGCUCAGAUAUUGAUUUGAAGGAGGAGGCGGCGGCAGACUUUGGCUUUUAGACAGAGCCAGGUCUCACACAAUAUGGGCUGCUGUUGAUGCCACCGAGGGGAAGUUUUUGUGUGGACUGUUGGUGCGUGUUUACCUCCUGUAAGACACAAGUGUUUGGACGGCUGAAGCAAUAUCGACUUGGAGCCAGCAGACUGGAUGAGAGGAUGCUCUGUGUGCGCAUACAAGAGGGGAGGACGUUGGUUUGGGAGGGGGCUGGAGUUACCCAGAGGCUCCAUCCCAACACAUUCAGAAUCAACUUUUUAUUAAGAUUAACUUUAAAUAAAGUUAUAGAAAUGAUUUUUAAAACUAUCAGAUGUAUGUACUGUAUAACAUUGUUUGAGAAGCUUAAUCUUGAGGUUUGAGAAUCUGUUUUUUUAUCUUAAUGGAUCGGGAGCAAGAAUCAUUGGGGUGUUACUGUUCUAUCCUUUUAUGCAUUAUUCUAAUGUUAUUUUUAGUUUUAAUUGUCUUUUUCCUUUUCCAGAAUUAUUAAAAAAGAGAUCAUAGAAAAUAAAAUUAUGAAUUGAUAA